UUCAAUGUGAUAAAUUUUAAUUGCGAGUUGUGAAACCGCCGUUAACUUCGGUUUGAACGGAACAAAAAAUAGGACGAAUACAAAAGUCGGUGUUUCGAUAAUUUUGUGGAUUUCGAGCGAUUAAUUAAGAGAUUUGAGUUUUUCUAUGAUAUUUUAUUAUUACUGAGAAAUAAUAUAAUGAAAACAAUGGCACAUCAUUAUGUAGUAACGGCUCAUAAGCCAACGGCAGUUUCGGCAUGCGUGACCGGUAACUUUACAUCAGCCACGGACUUAAAUUUGAUUCUGGCAAAGAAUAUGAGACUCGAAAUUUAUCUUGUAACGCCUGAAGGUCUUCGGCCACUCAAAGAAGUUGGUAUUUAUGGGAAAAUCGCAGUAGUCAAAUUUUUCAGACCACAACAUGAGAAAAAGGAUCUUCUCUUUUUAUUAACGACGCGAUAUAAUGCUAUGAUUUUGGAAUGCAUUGGCGAAAGAGAAGAUAUUGAAAUAAUCACAAAAGCUCACGGUAAUGUGGCCGAUAGGAUUGGUAAAGCAUCGGAAACUGGAAUCAAAGCGGUAAUAGAUCCAAAAGCUAGAGUAAUAGGUUUGCGAUUAUAUGAUGGCUUAUUCAAAAUUAUCCCACUCGAUAAGGAUAAUCCAGAAUUAAAGGCAUCUUCGAUACGUAUGGAUGAGCAAAAUGUCCAAGAUGUCAAUUUUCUGCAUGGAUGUAUAAAUCCAACGUUAAUUUUAAUCCAUCAAGAUAUAAAUGGAAGGCAUGUAAAGACUCAUGAAAUCUCACUGAGAGAUAAAGAAUUUGUUAAAAUUCCUUGGAGGCAGGAUAAUGUGGAGCGCGAAGCCAUGAUGGUUAUUCCAGUCCCUUCUCCGAUAUGCGGAGCUAUUAUUAUAGGACAGGAAAGUAUUUUGUAUCAUGAUGGUACCACUUAUGUAACGGUUGUGCCACCAAUUAUUAAACAAAGCACAAUUACCUGUUAUGCCAAAGUUGACAAUCAAGGACUUCGCUAUCUAUUGGGAGAUAUGGCGGGGCAUCUGUUUAUGUUAUUUUUGGAGCAAGACAAGAAAGCGGAUGGAACUUUGGUUGUCAAAGAUUUGAAAGUAGAAUUACUUGGAGAAGUCAGUAUCCCAGAAUGCAUAACAUACCUGGAUAAUGGGGUAAUAUUCAUUGGCAGUCGCUUAGGUGAUUCACAAUUAAUCAAAUUAAUUACUAAAGCAGAUGAAAAUGGAUCCUAUUGCGUUCCCAUGGAAACUUUCACAAAUCUUGCUCCCAUAGUGGAUAUGGCGGUUGUGGAUCUUGAAAGGCAAGGACAAGGGCAAAUAGUCACGUGCUCUGGAGCUUUUAAAGAAGGUUCGUUAAGAAUCAUUAGGAACGGUAUUGGAAUUCAAGAGCAUGCGAGCAUCGAUUUGCCUGGAAUUAAAGGAAUGUGGGCAUUAAAGGUUGGAGGUGGUAAUUUUGAUAAUACUUUAGUUUUGUCAUUUGUCGGCCAGACUAGAAUUUUAAUGUUAAAUGGAGAAGAAGUUGAAGAAACGGAUAUACCAGGAUUCGUUGCGGACGAGCAGACUUUUCACACGGGCAAUGUCACCAAUGAUGUCAUCAUUCAAAUAACACCGAUUUCCGCACGACUUAUUUCCAAUGAAAGUAAAUCGGUUAUGUCAGAGUGGGAACCGGAAAAUAAAAGAACCAUCAGUGUAGUUGCGUGUAACGGCACACAAGUACUCUGUGCGACUGGAAAUGAUUUAUUUUAUUUGGAAAUUAAUUGCAAUCAAAUAGUUUCAAAAGGUUUCACUACCCUUCAACACGAAGUCGCGUGUUUAGACAUUUCUCCUUUGGAUGGGAACAGUGAGGCAAAAUUAGUUGCCGUUGGCUUAUGGACAGACAUAUCUGUUCGUAUAUUAACAUUACCAAAACUCGAAGAGAUAACAAAAGAAUUACUCGGUGGUGAAAUAAUACCCAGAUCAAUAUUAAUGACAUGCUUCGAGGAUAACACGUACUUGUUGUGCGCACUCGGCGAUGGAAGCAUGUAUUAUUUCACAUUAAAUAAGCAAAAUGGGAUGCUUGCAGAUAAAAAGAAAGUUACUCUUGGUACACAACCAACGGUUUUAAGAACGUUCAGAUCCCUUUCGACUACAAAUGUUUUUGCCUGUUCAGAUAGGCCAACGGUUAUUUAUAGUUCCAAUUACAAACUCGUUUUCAGUAAUGUAAAUUUAAAAGAAGUUAAUCACAUGUGUUCCUUAAACGCGGAAUCGUAUUCAGACAGUUUAGCUCUUGCAACGGACAGUAUUGUUACGAUCGGAACUAUAGAUGAAAUACAAAAGCUUCACAUUAGAACGGUACCCUUGGGCGAAUCGCCAAGGAGGAUCGCAUAUCAAGAGGCUACGCAAACCUUUGGAGUAAUUACAAUGCGUGUUGAUAUACAAGAAAGUAAUGGCGUUAACAUCGUUAGACCCUCAGCCUCGACGCAAGCUGCAUCCGUAUCAAAUAGUAGCCAUAUUGCCACCCAUAAUAAGCCAACCAAUACAGCAAGCGACGUUGGUCAAGAAGUUGAAGUACACAAUUUACUAAUUGUUGAUCAGCAUACCUUCGAAGUACUUCAUGCACAUACCUUAAUGCAUACCGAAUAUGCAAUGUCUUUAAUAUCAACGAAAUUAGGUGAGGAUCCGACGCCAUAUUUCAUCGUUGGUACCGCGCUGUUUAAUCCUGAUGACACAGAGCCUAAAAUGGGCAGAAUUUUAUUAUACCACUGGAACGAUGGGAAAUUGUCGCAAGUUGCGGAAAAAGAAAUAAAAGGCUCGUGUUACUCUUUGGUUGAAUUUAAUGGUAAACUUUUAGCUAGUAUUAAUAGUACGGUGAGAUUGUUUGAGUGGACUGCGGAAAAGGAGUUGAGAUUAGAAUGCAGUCAUUUUAAUAAUAUAAUAGCCUUAUAUUUAAAGACAAAAGGUGACUUUGUACUCGUGGGUGACUUGAUGAGAUCUGUAACCUUACUACAAUACAAAACUAUGGAAGGUAGUUUUGAAGAAAUUGCCAGGGAUUACAAUCCCAAUUGGAUGAUUGCCAUAGAAAUCUUAGACGACGACACGUUCUUGGGUGCUGAAAAUUGCUUUAAUCUUUUUGUUUGUCAAAAGGAUAGCGCUGCUACUUCGGAAGAAGAGAGGCAACAAAUGCAAGAGGUUGGACAAUUUCAUUUAGGUGAUAUGGUCAAUGUUUUUAGACACGGAUCCUUAGUUAUGCAACACUUAGGUGAAUCGAGUACACCAACCCAUGGCUGUGUUCUUUUUGGAACAGUGAGCGGUGCUAUUGGUUUAGUUACGCAGAUCCCAUCGACCUUUUAUGAAUUCCUUCGUAAUUUAGAAGAUAGGCUAACGUCCGUUAUAAAAAGUGUCGGUAAAGUUGAACACAAUUUUUGGAGAAGUUUUAAUACAGAUCUGAAAAUUGAACAAUGCGAGGGAUUCAUCGAUGGAGAUUUAAUUGAAAGCUUUUUGGAUUUAAAUCAUGAGAAGAUGGCAGAAGUUGUGAUGGGUUUGGUUAUUGAUGACGGUAGUGGAAUGAAGAAAGAAGCAACCGUCGACGAUUUGGUGAAGAUCGUUGAGGAUCUUACAAGGAUACAUUAAAUUGCAAUUUUUUAAUAUUUUUAUUAAUUUUUCAAGAAUUGUAUAACAUUGUGGUAAAAUAUAUAACGAGGAUAUUUAUUUAAUUCGAGUGCCUAAGCACAAUUACAUACAAUAAUCAUUGAGUGCAGUCCUCGCAUCUAAGUUCUCAUAAGAUAUGUAAAUAUGUAAGAGCUACACGUAACGUCAUGGUAUGUGUUAAUUAGAAUUAAUUCAUCCUAAAACAUGAUUUAAAACUAUUAAGAAUUAACAUAUAAACUAUGUAGAACAAAGCAACAUUUAUAUCUUUGUAAA